AUGAGCCCGGGAGAAGCAGCGGCCGGACUUUUUCUUUUUUCUGCGCCCAAGGCAGACAGAAAUCCCGGGGACCGUCGCCUCGCCGCCCCCGCGCCCCAGGCAGACACCCCUACUCCCGAGUGCCGGGUUUCCCUCCAGCCGCGGCGGAGGAGAUGGCCUUCCCGAGGCCGGGGAGCGACCCGGGAGAGGAGGCAGCGGAGUCCGGAUGGAGCAGAGCUCGGACUUGAACUCUCCCCGAGCGCCGUGCACGGCGGGAGCCCAGGCGCUCCGCCGCUCCCGCGCUCGCACCCCGCGGCCCUCCCCGGCCCCUGCCCCCCCUCCCCCGGCGGGACCUCCGGGCGUUCGCGAGCGGUACCUGCCGCAAGCUUCCGGGCUCGGGGCGCAGGGGCUGCUGAGGCCACGCGCCCGGCGCCCCGGCGCGCACCGUCCGCGACCCGAGCGGCGUUGGCGGCUGCGGGCCGAAAGGCUCAUGCUUCAGGGGGAAGCCCAAGGCCCGCGAGCCGCGGCGGCGGCGGGCGGCUAGACUUGGCAAGAGUUAACCGUCUGUCCCCGGAGCCGAGGGUGCGCGCGACUUCCCAGCCGGACGCGCCUCCCUCGCUGCCCGCCUCCCGCCUCCCGCGCGCCCCGCCCGGCCGCUGCGGAGGCCGCUUUCCAGGAACUUUCCAGGAAUCCGCCUCACGUGACCGCAGCCCCCGCCAGCGCUUUAAAGAGGCUCGGGCGCUAAUGCGCAGGCUUCAAGGGAGCCGGCCCGAGAGCCGGUGCGGGUGCCGGCGGCUGCGGGGUGCGAGCCUGGGACUCCGCCCUCCUCCUGACCCUGCACCCCGGGGCGCUCGGGGGCAAGAGUCACAUGUGCCUUGAUGUCUUCAGUUGUCCUGAAGUAGAGUAUAUCUGCUUGACUGUGAACUUCAGCAUUGAAGGACCUCUCUUCUGAACUCUCAGCCUGUCCAUCAGCAUCACCUUUGGAGGUAUAUUUGUGUUUUGCCAGCAUGUGUCUGUGUAAGGGUGUCAGAUCC